GGUAACACAACAUCUAGCAUUGGUACCAGAAUCCAACAAAAAGUGACCGGCUCUGCUUCCUCUCUAUAGAGCAGUUAUGUCAAACUCCACAAACAAUGAGCUCUUCUGCCCACUGCUACAGGAAAUGCGGGGGCACAAGCCUAACAUCAGCACAGAGGUCAAUCUGGUGGUGGUUUGUAUCCACGGUCUGGUCUCCUGCCUUGGGAUUUUGGAGAAUGCCCUGGUCCUCUGGGUGGUUGGCUUCCGCCUGCGGCACCGCACUGUAGCCUCUGUCUGGGUUCUCAACCUAGCCAUGUCUGACUUCCUGGCCACAUUGACGCUCCCCCUCUUCACCUCUUACCUUUACCACUCCCAUAGCUGGGAGCUUGGCGGCCCACUCUGCAAAAUACAGGCUUCCAUCUUCUUCCUAAACAUGUUUGUGUCAGCCUUCCUACUGGCAGCCAUUUCACUGGACCGCUUACUUCUGGUGGUGAAGCCAGUGUGGAGCCAGAAUCAUCGGUCAGUGGCAGGAGCGUGGAAGGUGUGUCUAUUGGGUUGGUUUUGGGCAGCAAUUAAUACAUUACCUUACACCGUGUUCCGCUCAGUUACUCAGAAACUGUAUCCAGGGUACUUGUGCUAUCAUAAUUUUGCCUUGAUUUUAUCCUCUCAAGAUACUCUGGAGAGAGAUUGCAAAGUGAGGCAGGCAGCAACAGCCAUCUCCAAGUUGCUGCUAGCAUUCAUCUUUCCCCUGAUCUUGAUUGCAGGGAGCUACAUCCAAAUAGCUCUCAUCCUAAGGAACAGGAGUAAGAAAAGGACGCAGAGCACCACCAGGUUAACUGAUGAACUGAUUGUGUCCAACAAAGAUGGAGCAUCAGGAACUACAAAUACCCCAAAUACCACAAAAAUUAUAAAUAUCCUUCUCAAGCCUCGGGCCUCUAGUCCAUCUUUGACACCUACUACCUUGUUCACUACCACCUCUAAUCAGACCAAUCAGGGCCAGCUGUCCCAGAGCUUCAUCAAAAUGGUGACAUUUGUGAUCGCAGCAUUUGCACUGUGCUGGGCUCCCUAUCACAUCUUCUGCAUGAUUGAAGUGACAGCCCAGUAUUGGAAAGACAAUCUCAGCUUAGUGGAGAAGGGGUUGCCCCUAGCUACAACCAUUGCUUUCUUGAAUCCAGUGUUGAACCCCAUUCUAUAUGCCUUCAGUUGCCCAAACUUUUGUGUGAGAAUACGACAGAGUCUGGGAGCAGUGUUUGAUGGACUGGUAGAAGAGCAAGGGGGGUUCCUGAUGGUCCCAGGAAAAAGUAUAAGAGCUCAUAUUAGACGGAAAAGCAGUCGAGAUGUGAACCUUGCAACACCAGGGUCACCAAAGGGUUCGUUUUCACCCCAUAAAUCACCUUACAUCCAACCUCCCUUCCCAAUGUCUUUGACGUCUGACAUCAACAGUCACACUGAGAAUACAGGACAAGAAUCAAGAACUGAGGUGGAGCGUAGCUGAGGUUCUACUGGAUUUUUAGCUGUAUGUUUGUCACAUACUGUAUGUACGUGUAUGCUUAAUUCCAUAGAAUGCCUGCAGCCUAUCACAUAAAAGCUGCAGCAAAAAGUAUUUGAUACAGGAAUUAGUAUGUAUGUAGUAUGGUAGUACAUAGUAUGUUGUGAUACAGUAUUUGCAGCCUUGCUAGGGAUAACAACAUCAAUAUGUUGAUCGGAUGAUCUACCACUUUGAUCCAGACUAAAAUAUCUCAACAACUAUAGGAUGGAUUUCCAUGAAAUUACACAGUGAUACAAAAAAUAAGGACCACUGCUGGAGAUUGAAGGUUUGUGCCAGGCAAUUUCUGGCCACCAGAGAGCAGUAUAGUACAGAUUGCAUAAGCAGAUGUGAAAUGAUAUGGUAGGAUUAUGCUUUUCAGGUCCUGUAAUCCAGGAGCACUUUAAAUGUGAACUGCUGAAUGUCUGAACACCUUCCUGAGUGAUUGGAUUUGAUCAUGUCUGAUAUCCAUUUUGACUGACUGACUCAUACUGACUCGUACUGUCUCAUUACCGCCACCGCAAUCUUUUUGGUUGGUUUCUGGUUCCAUCAUAUUCAAUUGGACACAUGCACCCCACGCACACACACACUCAUACACACACACACACACACACACACACAGGCUGAGGUGUAAUGUAGGCCACAGCAACGUGGGAUUACCAUGGAGGUAGUUGUAAUUUGGAGAGAAUAUUAGAGAGUGAAGAUCCAGAAUAUAAAGACAGUGCAGGAUUAAACAUAACAGGUCAGACUGACAUACAAAGUUCCACUUUCCUCCCAGCCAUUGAGUUUCAACGGAUUAUCUUUUUUCUCUCUUUUACCCCUCUUUCUAUUCAUCCUUUUCUCUCCGCACUAUACCUUUUUGGCUGUACAGCAAUGCCUCGUCUUAACAAAGAGGGCAAAUUCAAUGAAAUCAAAGUGACAAAGAAACAGGAAGGAAAAAAAGGGAAGGAAUUAAGCAAGGAAAUCAUUUGUACAUUUCACUCACUAAGUAAUCAGCAAUGUUAAACAUGGAUUGCAGAACAAGAAUUUGUUAAGAACGUUUUGAAAGGAUUUCUUAACGGUAGUAGUGGGUCAAGAUGGGCUGGUAGCUCAUGGGGUCAAUUAGUCUGUUUUGAUAAACACAGAAUAAACUACAUCUCUACAGAUAUAAAGAGUUAGACAUUACCUCUACCCACAGUCAUCCCCAUCUUCACACAAAAGACAACAAGUGAAGUGUCACAUAAUAUAACUCAGCAUGACAUGUGCCAAUAAUUAGUAGCUGCUCAUUAACAAAUACUUUUUGUUAUGCUUACUGGCUUUGGCUAUUUCAAAUCCAAUGUCUAGUCUGUGAUUUGGUGGCUAUGUGAGAAUUAUUGUUCAGUUAUGACAUGUAUUAAAUUUGUUGGGGGAAGAACUCUGAUUCUUGUGUUUUUGAAAGGUAAAACAUAAGAUUCAGCAUCACCCCUCCCUGCUCCAGUGAUUUUCAUAUAGUCCCUAAGUAGAUGGAAAGAUGCAUGCAUGGAGGGGGCAUGAAAAUCCACAGAACAAGUAUCUAAGACAAGGCCAGCAAACCUAUACGAGGGAACUAAAGAGUCUUAAAAUUACAUGAUGCAAUUCAGAAAACCCCUGCAAAGGCGCUCAAUUGCAGAAAAGACAGAGACACAUAGAUACGAUAAAAUAUAAUCAAACAGCAGUACAGUGAGACCACUGGCAAUUUAUGACAUUGAAAACAACAGAGACAGAGAGAUUAUAUAAAGUGCUGUGAAAAACAGUUGGUAGAGAUGAGCGAUAAGGAGAGAAUGAAAGAGAGAGUAGGUGGAGGGAGGGGUGGUAAGUAUUGCUUUAAAGAGGUUUAAUGCACUGCAACAGUACUUAUAGCUGACAGAUGCUAGGGAAUCAAAGCCGAGUCACACGAAAUAAUUUACCAUGAGUACAUGUAUCCAGUAUUUCACAGAACACAGCAAGGCUAGAAUGUCUUAUAUGUGAGUCAUUUUACUGCAGAGUCACUACUUUUUCUUUUGGUACUUAAAAGUACAUUUUCCUGAUACUAUACUUUUACUUAAGCAGGAUUUUUAUUUUAAUAUGCAGUACUCUUACUUGUAAUGGAAUAUUUUAAAUCUAUGGCCUUCUUACUUAAGUAAAGGAUAUGAAUACUUCUUCCACCUCUGCUGCAUUUAUUACAUCAAUGCAAAUUUAUCCAAACAGAUACAGUAAACCAUAACAAUUGUCUAUAUAUAUUAUGAUGAAAAUUUGUGUAUGUUGAAAAAGUGUUUGAUAAAGUUCAGAUCAUCUAUUAUAUUUGUUUUCUUGCUGAUGACUCCACAAAUUUUCUUGGUUUAUAUCUGUGAUUUAAGAGUUGAAUAGAUGAAUAGAUCUUUAACAGUCUGAUAGUGUGAUUUUCAUAUGGAAAGUUAACAUCACACCAUUGACAUCGGAUAAAUGAGUGUCAUUCAUCAUUUUCGAUUCUGCUAAAUUAAUAUUUUAAAUGCACUGAGAGGAGAUCACUUGGAACUGGGUAAAUAAAAAAAUCAACCUAUUGUUGUAAAUGUCAGUAUUAUACUUACCC